UUCAUGGUCAUCUAUUAGCAAGCUAGCACAGACGCCACCACUUCUCUUCCCCUAUCAAGUUUCCAAAUCGAUGAAAACACCCAGGACAGGCACGGCAAAGCCGUUUCGAAUCAAAGGGGUGGGGUUGGGGAUGCAUCAAUGACAAUUCUGCUUCUCUACCGGUGUCCGUAGAUCCGAUCGUUGGAGACAGGCCCCCUCCCACGUCGCGCGAAUGGCCGUGGGCAGGAGGCUGGAGCUCCUCGUCCUCUCCUCCACAGCCGACAGCUUCCUUCUCGUCUUGGAGGUGGUGUUCGUCGUCUGUUGCCUGGAGGACCCAUACCAGCCAUCGUUCAGGCUACCCAACCAGUUGAUGUGGUGGGCUUUGAUGUGCGGUGCCUUCCCGUGGAGUGCGGUGCUACUGGCGUUACAGAUGAAGUGGCUGUCUUCCGAAGGCUGGGAGCCCACCAAUGUCGAGCUCCUGGUCCUCAUAGCCGUCGAGUGGGUCGUCGCGUGCUCCACCUUCGGCUCGGCGUGCGCCGCCCUCGCCGUCGACCAGCUCGCUAUCCAGCACAGCUACUGCCACCCGGAGGCCACCGUGUGCUUAACGUACCUUGUCGCCGUUGCGACCGCAUGCGCCGCCGGGGCCCUCUCCGCCAUGUCGGCACUCGGGAUGCUCUGGAUCCUCGCCUCCCGGUUCCGCCCGGCUCAUGCGGCCUAGUCAGUCAAGCACCAGUGCCAUGGUUAGCAUAUGUUCACAUUUUGACGUGAAUAGCAGGAGCUCUGCCUUUGCUUUAUAGUAGGGGGGAAAUGGGUACAGAACGGAUGCCCCGUCGGGGAAGAUCCGAGUUCACACACUACUACAUCAGUGGGAGGCUUAAUCUGAAAGAAAUAUGCCCUAGAGGUAAUAAUAAAGUUAUUAUUUAUUUCCUCAUAUCAUGUUAAAUGUUUAUUAUUCAUGCUAUAAUUGUAUUAACUGGAAACAUAAUACUUGUGUGAAUACAUAG